GAUAUUAAUCACAUAUAAACAGAGAACAAUAACAAAUUAGAUUAUUUCAAUAUAUACAGAGUUUUAAUCAAUUUGUGAUGGCUCUCAAGUACUUUGCCUUGACCAUUGCCAUUUUGGCCGUGGUGACUCCAAUAAGCCAUGCAUCUGAUCCUAGUCCUUUGCAAGAUUUUUGUGUUGCUGUUAAUGACUCCAUGGCUGCUGUUUUCGUGAAUGGAAAAUUCUGCAAGGAUCCAAAGGAUGUCAAUGCUGAUGACUUCUUUAGACCAGGUCUAAAUAUGCCUGGAAAUACUUCAAAUCAACUUGGAUCUGCUGUAACUGCUGUAAACGUCAACAACUUACCUGGACUCAACACUCUGGGCAUUUCUUUAGCUCGUAUUGAUUACGCACCAUACGGUCUCAACCCACCUCAUACACACCCCCGAGCAACUGAGUUUCUUGUUGUCCAAGAGGGCACGCUCUAUGUUGGAUUUGUCCUUUCCAACCCCGGUCCAAAUAUGAAGAAUAAACUCUUUACCAAGAUUCUACAUGCUGGAGACGUGUUCGUUUUCCCAAUAGGUCUCAUUCAUUUUCAAUUUAACGUGGGAAAGACUAAGGCUAUUGCACUUGCUGGACUGAGUAGUCAAAAUCCAGGAGUUAUCACUAUUGCAAAUGCAGUAUUUGGCUCAGACCCACCAAUCAAUGACGAUGUCCUCGCCAAAGCAUUCCAAGUUGAUAAGAAAGUUAUCGAUCACCUUCAAGCACAAUUCUGGUGGGACAAUAACUAAAACAGUAUAAGCCAAAUAAUUCUACGGUGCCAUUAUUUGUGGUUGUUUUUGGAAUUUAAGAAUCAUAAAUAAAAUUAGGAUCUAGUCCAUUGGACUAGUCUUCCCUAAUCUUUGUAUUUUAUGUACUAAACGAGGAUUUCUUGUGGUGUGUUUAAGUAAAAUUACGUUCAUCA